UUUGCCGCUGGGUUGCUGCUGGAGUAUGAAAAUGUUUGACAGGGAGGCGACCUGUGCACAGGGAUAGAAGACAGAAGUUAGUUUUCGGGGUGCCUGGCAGUUUUCGAGUGAACGGGUAGGCAGAGCCGUGAACUACAAAUGAUUUUUAGGAGUCUAAGCAACAGGGCACAGAGAGAAAUGUCAGGGACUGCUUCAGCCUUGAGCAAAGCGAAGCGCUACUAGUACACCGCAACGCGGAAAAUAUUCAAGGGGAGAGAAUGCGAAUGGUGCGAAGAUACCGAAAUCAAACAAAAUGGAAACGAUGUAGCGUCGCUGCGGCAUUUCAUAUAGCUAGAACUAACGUUAGAGUAGAGAAUAGAUAGCCAAGGAGCUAGCAGGUUAACUAACAUACAUGUAAAGUUAUUCCCAGGAGAAGCUGAGCCCGGAGGCUUCUGUUUUAUCAGAAGAGUUCACCAGAUAUCAGAGGAGACACACACAGGAAGAUGCUACGGAGAAGACUGAAUCGAUGGCUUGGCCGCGAUGAAAGAAGAGUAGACAGUAGGACUAUCUGCGUUGGUCAUCGGUCAUCGUCUAACAAUGACGCUUUCAUUCCAACCAAGUUCUGUGAUAACAGGAUUGUGUCCUCCAAGUAUACCGUUUGGAACUUCCUACCAAAGAACCUGUUUGAACAGUUUAGAAGAAUUGCCAAUUUCUACUUCCUUAUCAUCUUCUUGGUGCAGGUGAUAGUGGACACCCCUACCAGCCCAGUCACCAGUGGCCUACCCUUAUUUUUUGUGAUUACAGUAACGGCUAUCAAGCAGGGCUACGAGGACUGGUUACGGCACAAGGCUGACAAUGAGGUGAAUAAGUACCCAGUGACUGUGCUAGAGCAAGGCCGGAGGAUACAAAAGGAGAGUGAGAAGAUCAAGGUUGGAGAUGUUGUGGAGGUGGAUGAAGACGAGACCUUUCCCUGUGAUUUAAUACUGUUGCAGUCUAGUCGAGAUGACGACACAUGUUUUGUUACCACAGCAAGUCUGGAUGGAGAGUCCAACCAUAAAACACACUACAUAGUGCCAGACACGGAGAAGGAUCUGGAAUCUCUCAACGCCACCAUCGAGUGUGAACAGCCACAGCCUGACCUUUACAAGUUCGUCGGCCGUAUGCACAUCUACAAAACCGAACAGGAGCCAGCAGUGAGGUCUUUAGGCCCAGAAAACCUCCUCCUGAAAGGGUCAACUUUAAAAAACACUCAAAGAAUAUGUGGUGUUGCAAUUUACACUGGCAUGGAGACAAAGAUGGCUCUCAACUACCAGGGAAAGUCUCAGAAACGCUCGGCUGUGGAGAAGUCCAUCAAUGCCUUCCUUCUGGUUUACCUUUGCAUAUUGGUGAGCAAGGCCCUAGUGUGCACUACACUUAAGUAUGUGUGGCAGAGCAAGCCCGGGCAGGACGAGCCAUGGUACAACGAGAAAACACAGAGAGAGAAAGAGACCAAUCUGUAUCUAAAGAUGUUCACUGACUUCCUGUCCUUCAUGGUGCUCUUCAACUUCAUUAUCCCGGUGUCCAUGUAUGUGACGGUUGAGAUGCAAAAGUUUUUGGGAUCCUUUUUCAUCACAUGGGACAAGGACUUCUUUGACCCUGAAAUAAAAGAGGGUGCCUUGGUCAACACUUCAGACCUUAAUGAGGAGCUUGGUCAGGUGGAGUAUGUCUUCACUGACAAGACGGGCACUCUCACUCAGAACAACAUGGAGUUCAUAGAGUGCUGCAUCGAUGGCUUCCAGUACAAGUACCAGGACGCCGGCACCGAGUUGGACGGAUUCUGUGUCACAGAUGGACCUGUAAACAAAGUGCAGCAAAAAGCUGGCAGGGAGAAGGAAGAGCUGUUUCUGCGUGCCCUGUGUCUCUGCCACACAGUCCAGGUGAAGGAGUCUACAGAGCAAGGUCAGGUCCAAAGGGACGGUCUGAUGGACCAGGUGGAUGGCCUAACGGAGGAUGGAGAGGUGCUCCAUCCACCGCAGGAGCAGAGAGGCUUUAUCGCCUCCUCACCUGAUGAGGUUGCUCUGGUCAAGGGUGCCAUGAGGUACGGCUUCACAUUUCUGGGCUUUGAAAGUAAAACCAUGAAAAUUCUCACCAGGGACAAUGAUGUUGAAAGGUAUGAACUGCUCCACGUAUUGAACUUUGACCCAGUGAGACGGCGAAUGAGUGUUAUAGUCCGAUCCAAAUCAGGUGAUACACUGCUCUUCUGUAAGGGAGCGGACUCUUCCAUCUUUCCUCGCGUCAGACAGGAAGAGGUCGAAAGGAUACGCAUGAACGUGGAGCGUAAUGCAACAGAGGGCUACCGGACACUGUGUGUGGCCUACAAAUAUCUCAGUGCAGAGGAGUACGCCCAGGCAGAUGCAGGACUGAGGGAAGCUAGGCUGGCUCUGCAGGACCGAGAGGAGAAGCUCAUGGCUGUUUACAACCAAGUGGAGACCGGCAUGAGUCUGAUAGGAGCUACAGCUGUAGAAGACCGGCUACAAGAGGA